GCUGCCUCCCCCGGGCACAUCCGGCUGGCAGCCCACUGUGGCGAGGUGUGUGACGCCAGAAGCGGAGGCCAGGCUCAUAUUUGGGCACGGAGCAGGUGAUUGGAGGCCGCGGCCCCAGAGGCGGCCGAUGAGGCACCUGCUAAAGGCUGCCCGGCUGCUGCUGCCUGCAUUGGCUCGGGCGCUGGCGAGACGUGGCCUGGCUGCGCUGGCUCGGGGCCGCUGCCAUGGGGCCGCUGCUGGCGCUGGCGCUGCUCGUGUGCGUGCAGCUGUGUGCGGGCUCCGGGGAGCUGCGUCUGGUGGGCGGCGGCGGGCGCUGUGCCGGGCGCGUGGAGCUGGAGCACGGCGGGGAGUGGGGCUCCAUCUGUGUCUUCGACUCCGACUGGGAAGCCCGAUGGGCCAGCGUGGUGUGCCGGCAGCUGGGCUGUGGCCAGGAGGCCGCGGUGUCCUCGAACGCUCCGUUCGGUCAGGGCACCGGGCGGAUCUGGCUGCAGCCCUUCUGCAACGGCACCGAGAAUUCGCUGGAGGAGUGUCGGCACUUCGGAUGGGGACGGCACUUCUGCGGCCACGAGCGGGAUGCGGGGGUGACCUGCACAGAUGCCGUGGAGCUGAGGCUGGCGGGCGGCGGCAGUCCGUGUGCCGGGAGGGUGGAGGUGAAGGUGCAGGGACGCUGGGGCUCGGUGGAAGACGACAGCUGGGACAUGGAGGAGGCCGAGGUGGUUUGCCAGCAGCUGGGCUGUGGCUCGGCUGCCGGUGCCUACUUGGCCCGCGAGAGCUUCGGCGAAGGGGAUGGGCCCGUCAACCUCAUCUCUGUGAAUUGCAUUGGGAACGAGUCCAGGCUCUGGGAUUGCUCGAUUGCUCUUUGGGGACCCUAUAAUAUCAGCAUCCAUGAGGAGGACACUGCCGUUUUGUGCCAAGGAUUUUCUCGGCUGGUCGGAGGUGCCGGAGCCUGUGCCGGGCAGCUGGAGGUGCGGCAGGGCCGGGCCUGGCUUGGUGUGUGUGAGGAUCAGGUGGACAUGAAGGCGGCCCAGGUGGUGUGCAGGGAGCUGGGCUGUGAUGAGGCGCUCGCCAUGGGCGGCAGUGGCCGGGUUGGGGCGGCACCGGGAUCGCUCUGGGACGGGGGCUUCCAGUGCAAUGGCACCGAGCUCCUCCUGAGCGCCUGUGACCGGCGUCCGGCCCCCAGGCAGGGCUGCAGCGGCCGUGCCAGCAUCAUCUGCUCCCCCUACACGGGCUUCCGCCUGGGGAACAGCAGCUCGGGAUGCUCCGGGCGAGUGGAGGUGGCCGUGAGGGGGACGUGGGGCUCCGUGUGCGCCAGCGAGUGGGAGCUGCCCGAUGCGCACGUCCUGUGCCGCCACCUGGGCUGCGGCCGCGCCCUCGCCGUGCCCCCGGGAGGCUCCUUCGGCAGCGGGGAGGGGCCGCUGCGGCCGGACACCUUCGGCUGCAGCGGGAGCGAGCGGCACCCGGGCCAGUGCCCCGUGUCUGUGCUGGGGAAGCCGCCCUGUGCCCCCGGGAACGCCGCUGCUGUCAGCUGCUCAGGUUUUGACUCCGUCCCAUCCCUUCGGCUGGUGGGCGGUCAGAGCUUGUGCGAUGGGCGGCUGGAGGAGAACAUAACCAGCCCGGUCUGGCGCCGUGUGCCUCUGGAGCAGUGGAAGAAAUGGGAUGUCCAUAUGGUGUGUGGGGUGCUGGGUUGUGGUAUGCCCAAGGAAGUUUACACUGCCUUGGGAACGGCCGCUGCAUUGAACAGCAGCCACAGCAAGGGGGACAUCAUGACUGAAGAGGUGGACAACAUUUCGGGCAUGGGCUCUGUGCUGAGUAACAGCACUGAGGAGAUGGAUGGCAGCCGGGAGGAGAUGGAGGAUGUCUCACGGAUGGGCGCUGCACGAAACAGCAGCUUUGAGGAGAUGGUCGUCGUCUGCUCAACUGGGCUGUGGCACGGCCCUGGAGGCGCCGAGCUGGGCGCGCUUCGGUGCCGGCCGGGGCCGCUGUGGCCGUACAUGGCCGAGUGCUCCGGGAGCGAGGAGUCUCUCUGGGAAUGCGGGCGCUCGGAACAGCCGCGAGUGCGGGCGCGGCCUUGGGGCAGGGGCCGUGUGCUCAGCACCGGCACCGCCGCCGCCGUGUGCCGCCAGCUGGGCUGUGGGCACCGGGGCUGGCUGUCGGCCGUCCCCGGCCAGCAGGCGUCCCGUGCCUGGCUGGCCUGGGUGGGCUGCGAGGACGGGGCCCGCUCACUCUGGGGGUGCCCCUCGGCACCCUGGCAGCUGCAGAGCUGCGGCGCUGGCGGGCACGCCCACGUGGAUUGUGAGGAGGACAGCGAUGGCAGCACCGAGACAGACACUACCCCAUAUCCGGAGGGUGCCAGCAGCACAGGUAGCUCUGCCCGUGCCUGCAUCCCCCAGCCCGGGCUGGCUGGGAUCCCCUCCCCUCACUGCCUGCCUGUGUCCCCACAGGUGUCCCCAGCAGCAGCACCCUGGCAGUGGGCGUGGGUCGGUGCCUGUGCCAACUGUGCUGUGCGUGGUGCUGGGACGCUGCUGUGCCUGGCCCUGGGUGCCCUGGCCGUGCUGCUGUGCCGUGCCCGUGCCUGGCGCCGAGGCCAUGGCAGAGCUGCAGAUGCCAUCUCCAAUGCUGUCUACGAGGAGCUGGACUACACGGCCAUGCCGGAGUACCAGGAGUGCCCAGUGGCCCAGGGAUGGGUCAAGAAGCUGCCGUAUUCCAGCGGGGACAGCGUGGAGGGGUGUGACACCGAGGCAGCCCCAGACCCCCCUGCCUGGCCCCAGCAAGGAAUCCCGGAUGACUACGACGAUGUCCUGGAUGUGCCACAGGAUCCCCCUGCUCCAGACACUGGGGACGUGUCCAAGGGAGUGGCACAGCAGAGGUGGAUCUGUGUCCUCCCCACAGUGUCCCAGGAUCUACAAGGGACCCGUUGGAACACCCCGGGGCACUCGGACUAUGAUGAUGUCGGCAGCAGCGCCCUGGAGACGGAGCCCGCUCUGGCAGGGCAGCCGGGCCAUGGCCCCUGCCUGCGGCACGUCAUGCUCCAGGAGGUUGCCGAUCUUCAGGGCGGGCUGCAGUGCCCGCAGGGCGUCCAGUUCCUGCAGCAGGGCCUGGCUGAAGCCGUCCGUGCUCAGCCUGGGCAUGGAGGGAUCGUGGCAGCAGCAGGGGCUGCUGAGGCGGCGAUAGCGCAGCCCGAUGAGAAGCGCCGGCAAAGAGGCUGGGAGGCGAGCGAGGGCCCCCCGAGGGAUCGAUUGGAGGCCGCGGCCCCAGAGGCGGCCGAUGAGGCACCUGCUAAAGGCUGCCCGGCUGCUGCUGCCUGCAUUGGCUCGGGCGCUGGCGAGACGUGGCCUGGCUGCGCUGGCUCGGGGCCGCUGCCAUGGGGCCGCUGCUGGCGCUGGCGCUGCUCGUGUGCGUGCAGCUGUGUGCGGGUGAGUGGCGGGCGCUGGGAGCGGGGCCCGCGGCGGUGCCGGGCCCGGCUCAGCAGCCUCCGUGCCGCAGGCUCCGGGGAGCUGCGUCUGGUGGGCGGCGGCGGGCGCUGUGCCGGGCGCGUGGAGCUGGAGCACGGCGGGGAGUGGGGCUCCAUCUGUGUCUUCGACUCCGACUGGGAAGCCCGAUGGGCCAGCGUGGUGUGCCGGCAGCUGGGCUGUGGCCAGGAGGCCGCGGUGUCCUCGAACGCUCCGUUCGGUCAGGGCACCGGGCGGAUCUGGCUGCAGCCCUUCUGCAACGGCACCGAGAAUUCGCUGGAGGAGUGUCGGCACUUCGGAUGGGGACGGCACUUCUGCGGCCACGAGCGGGAUGCGGGGGUGACCUGCACAGAUGCCGUGGAGCUGAGGCUGGCGGGCGGCGGCAGUCCGUGUGCCGGGAGGGUGGAGGUGAAGGUGCAGGGACGCUGGGGCUCGGUGGAAGACGACAGCUGGGACAUGGAGGAGGCCGAGGUGGUUUGCCAGCAGCUGGGCUGUGGCUCGGCUGCCGGUGCCUACUUGGCCCGCGAGAGCUUCGGCGAAGGGGAUGGGCCCGUCAACCUCAUCUCUGUGAAUUGCAUUGGGAACGAGUCCAGGCUCUGGGAUUGCUCGAUUGCUCUUUGGGGACCCUAUAAUAUCAGCAUCCAUGAGGAGGACACUGCCGUUUUGUGCCAAGGAUUUUCUCGGCUGGUCGGAGGUGCCGGAGCCUGUGCCGGGCAGCUGGAGGUGCGGCAGGGCCGGGCCUGGCUUGGUGUGUGUGAGGAUCAGGUGGACAUGAAGGCGGCCCAGGUGGUGUGCAGGGAGCUGGGCUGUGAUGAGGCGCUCGCCAUGGGCGGCAGUGGCCGGGUUGGGGCGGCACCGGGAUCGCUCUGGGACGGGGGCUUCCAGUGCAAUGGCACCGAGCUCCUCCUGAGCGCCUGUGCCCGGCGUCCGGCCCCCAGGCAGGGCUGCAGCGGCCGUGCCAGCAUCAUCUGCUCCCCCUACACGGGCUUCCGCCUGGGGAACAGCAGCUCGGGAUGCUCCGGGCGAGUGGAGGUGGCCGUGAGGGGGACGUGGGGCUCCGUGUGCGCCAGCGAGUGGGAGCUGCCCGAUGCGCACGUCCUGUGCCGCCACCUGGGCUGCGGCCGCGCCCUCGCCGUGCCCCCGGGAGGCUCCUUCGGCAGCGGGGAGGGGCCGCUGCGGCCGGACACCUUCGGCUGCAGCGGGAGCGAGCGGCACCCGGGCCAGUGCCCCGUGUCUGUGCUGGGGAAGCCGCCCUGUGCCCCCGGGAACGCCGCUGCUGUCAGCUGCUCAGGAAUUAGGAGCUUGUGCGAUGGGCGGCUGGAGGAGAACAUAACCAGCCCGGUCUGGCGCCGUGUGCCUCUGGAGCAGUGGAAGAAAUGGGAUGUCCAUAUGGUGUGUGGGGUGCUGGGUUGUGGUAUGCCCAAGGAAGUUUACACUGCCUUGGGAACGGCCGCUGCAUUGAACAGCAGCCACAGCAAGGGGGACAUCAUGACUGAAGAGGUGGACAACAUUUCGGGCAUGGGCUCUGUGCUGAGUAACAGCACUGAGGAGAUGGAUGGCAGCCGGGAGGAGAUGGAGGAUGUCUCACGGAUGGGCGCUGCACGAAACAGCAGCUUUGAGGAGAUGGUCGUCGUCUGCUCAAGUGAGUGUCCUGGAAAGGGCUGGAGGUGCCGGUGCCCCGGGCACCCAGCCCAGCCCGGUCCUUCCGUGCCCGCAGGCAGCCGGCAGGUGAGGCUGGUGGGGAGCUCAGGGCGCUGUGCCGGGCGCGUGGAGGUCUAUUCCGGUGGCAGCUGGAGCAGCGUGUGCCAGGAAGGCUGGGAGCUGCAGGACGCUGCCGUUGUGUGCCGGGAGCUGGGCUGUGGCACGGCCCUGGAGGCGCCGAGCUGGGCGCGCUUCGGUGCCGGCACGGGGCCGCUGUGGCCGUACAUGGCCGAGUGCUCCGGGAGCGAGGAGUCUCUCUGGGAAUGCGGGCGCUCGGAACAGCGCGAGUGCGGGCGCGGCCUUGGGGCAGGGGCCGUGUGCUCAGAGCAGAUCUCGGUGCGGCUGGCAGGCGGCCGUGGGCGCUGCCGUGGCUACCUGGAGGUGUCCUAUAACGGCACCUGGGGCCGCGUGUGCUCCAACGGCACCAGCACCGGCACCGCCGCCGUGUGCCGCCAGCUGGGCUGUGGGCACCGGGGCUGGCUGUCGGCCGUCCCCGGCCAGCAGGCGUCCCGUGCCUGGCUGGCCUGGGUGGGCUGCGAGGACGGGGCCCGCUCACUCUGGGGGUGCCCCUCGGCACCCUGGCAGCUGCAGAGCUGCGGCGCUGGCGGGCACGCCCACGUGGAUUGUGUGGAGGACAGCGAUGGCAGCACCGAGACAGACACUACCCCAUAUCCGGAGGGUGCCAGCAGCACAGGUAGCUCUGCCCGUGCCUGCAUCCCCCAGCCCGGGCUGGCUGGGAUCCCCCUCCCCUCACUGCCUGCCUGUGUCCCCACAGGUGUCCCCAGCAGCAGCACCCUGGCAGUGGGCGUGGGGUCGGUGCCUGUGCCAACUGUGCUGUGCGUGGUGCUGGGGACGCUGCUGUGCCUGGCCCUGGGUGCCCUGGCCGUGCUGCUGUGCCGUGCCCGUGCCUGGCGCCGAGGCCAUGGCAGAGCUGCAGAUGCCAUCUCCAACGCUGUCUAUGAGGAGCUGGACUACACGGCCAUGCCGGAGUACCAGGAGGUGCCCAGUGGCCCAGGUUCCCUGUCACAGGGAUGGAUCAAGAAGCUGCCGUAUUCCAGCGGGGACAGUGUGGAGGGCAGUGACACCGAGGCAGCCCCAGAGCCCCCUGCCUGGCCCCAGCAAGGAAUCCCAGAUGGCUAUGACGAUGUCCUGGAUGUGGCACAGGAUCCACCUGCUCCAGGCACUGGGGACAUGUCCAGGGGAGUGGCACAGCAGAGGUGGAUCUGUGUCCUCCACAGGUGGAAUCUCCUCCCCUCCAAGUGUCCCAGGAUCUACAAGGGACCCGUUGGAUCAGCCCCCGGGACUCAGGCUCUGAAGGGGGUCCGCGCAUCGGAAGACACGGGAGCCCAGUCGCGGCUGCUGCGGCGGGACCGCAGCGGCGGGAGUCGCUGUGCGGCUCCCAAGAGAAUGGCAAGAAUACGGGAGAGAGAAAACUCCGGCGGGCGGCUCGGAAGGAAGCAGGAGCACGGGGCGCAGAGAAUUCCUGAGAAAAGCUCCGAGAGAAAAGCGUGCGCAGAGCAGCGAAGAGCUACGCGAGAGAGAGAAUCAGCACAACUAAGAACUGCAGUCGAUCAACAGAUGAGAGAGAGAGAAAAGCCCGACCGCUUCUGCUGGCGGGGGCGAAGAGAAGGGACAGCUGUUCCCCCGGCAGAGCUGCGUGUGCCGCAGCGCCGCUCUCCCGGAGGAGAGAGGGAGGCGGAGCGCACCGGCUUCGCUUCCCGGCAGGGACAGGUCCCGAGAGAAAGUUUGUUGGUUUCGGGCCGUGCCGAGGAAGGCGGAGAAUGUUCCCUGUCACAGGGAUGGAUCAAGAAGCUGCCGUAUUCCAGCGGGGACAGCGUGGAGGGCAGUGACACCGAGGCAGCCCCAGGUGGAAUCUCCUCCCCUCCAAGUGUCCCAGGAUCUACAAGGGACCCGUUGGAACAGCCCCCGGGGCACUCGGACUAUGAUGAUGUCGGCAGCAGCGCCCUGGAGACGGAGCCCGCUCUGGCAGGGCAGCCGGGCCAUGGCCCCUGCCUGCGGCACGUCAUGCUCCAGGAGGUUGCCGAUCUUCAGGGCGGGCUGCAGUGCCCGCAGGGCGUCCAGUUCCUGCAGCAGGGCCUGGCUGAAGCCGUGGCUCUUGGCAGGCUGCAGCAGCAGCAGAGCUGGAGGCUCGGGGGAUACAGGAAGGGGCCCCCCAACGCAGGAUUGGAGGCCGCGGCCCCAGAGGCGGCCGAUGAGGCACCUGCUAAAGGCUGCCCGGCUGCUGCUGCCUGCAUUGGCUCGGGCGCUGGCGAGACGUGGCCUGGCUGCGCUGGCUCGGGGCCGCUGCCAUGGGGCCGCUGCUGGCGCUGGCGCUGCUCGUGUGCGUGCAGCUGUGUGCGGGUGAGUGGCGGGCGCUGGGAGCGGGGCCCGCGGCGGUGCCGGGCCCGGCUCAGCAGCCUCCGUGCCGCAGGCUCCGGGGAGCUGCGUCUGGUGGGCGGCGGCGGGCGCUGUGCCGGGCGCGUGGAGCUGGAGCACGGCGGGGAGUGGGGCUCCAUCUGUGUCUUCGACUCCGACUGGGAAGCCCGAUGGGCCAGCGUGGUGUGCCGGCAGCUGGGCUGUGGCCAGGAGGCCGCGGUGUCCUCGAACGCUCCGUUCGGUCAGGGCACCGGGCGGAUCUGGCUGCAGCCCUUCUGCAACGGCACCGAGAAUUCGCUGGAGGAGUGUCGGCACUUCGGAUGGGGACGGCACUUCUGCGGCCACGAGCGGGAUGCGGGGGUGACCUGCACAGAUGCCGUGGAGCUGAGGCUGGCGGGCGGCGGCAGUCCGUGUGCCGGGAGGGUGGAGGUGAAGGUGCAGGGACGCUGGGGCUCGGUGGAAGACGACAGCUGGGACAUGGAGGAGGCCGAGGUGGUUUGCCAGCAGCUGGGCUGUGGCUCGGCUGCCGGUGCCUACUUGGCCCGCGAGAGCUUCGGCGAAGGGGAUGGGCCCGUCAACCUCAUCUCUGUGAAUUGCAUUGGGAACGAGUCCAGGCUCUGGGAUUGCUCGAUUGCUCUUUGGGGACCCUAUAAUAUCAGCAUCCAUGAGGAGGACACUGCCGUUUUGUGCCAAGGAUUUUCUCGGCUGGUCGGAGGUGCCGGAGCCUGUGCCGGGCAGCUGGAGGUGCGGCAGGGCCGGGCCUGGCUUGGUGUGUGUGAGGAUCAGGUGGACAUGAAGGCGGCCCAGGUGGUGUGCAGGGAGCUGGGCUGUGAUGAGGCGCUCGCCAUGGGCGGCAGUGGCCGGGUUGGGGCGGCACCGGGAUCGCUCUGGGACGGGGGCUUCCAGUGCAAUGGCACCGAGCUCCUCCUGAGCGCCUGUGACCGGCGUCCGGCCCCCAGGCAGGGCUGCAGCGGCCGUGCCAGCAUCAUCUGCUCCCCCUACACGGGCUUCCGCCUGGGGAACAGCAGCUCGGGAUGCUCCGGGCGAGUGGAGGUGGCCGUGAGGGGGACGUGGGGCUCCGUGUGCGCCAGCGAGUGGGAGCUGCCCGAUGCGCACGUCCUGUGCCGCCACCUGGGCUGCGGCCGCGCCCUCGCCGUGCCCCCGGGAGGCUCCUUCGGCAGCGGGGAGGGGCCGCUGCGGCCGGACACCUUCGGCUGCAGCGGGAGCGAGCGGCACCCGGGCCAGUGCCCCGUGUCUGUGCUGGGGAAGCCGCCCUGUGCCCCCGGGAACGCCGCUGCUGUCAGCUGCUCAGGUUUUGACUCCGUCCCAUCCCUUCGGCUGGUGGGCGGUCAGAGCUUGUGUGAUGGGCGGCUGGAGGAGAACAUAACCAGCCCGGUCUGGCGCCGUGUGCCUCUGGAGCAGUGGAAGAAAUGGGAUGUCCAUAUGGUGUGUGGGGUGCUGGGUUGUGGUAUGCCCAAGGAAGUUUACACUGCCUUGGGAACGGCCGCUGCAUUGAACAGCAGCCACAGCAAGGGGGACAUCAUGACUGAAGAGGUGGACAACAUUUCGGGCAUGGGCUCUGUGCUGAGUAACAGCACUGAGGAGAUGGAUGGCAGCCGGGAGGAGAUGGAGGAUGUCUCACGGAUGGGCGCUGCACGAAACAGCAGCUUUGAGGAGAUGGUCGUCGUCUGCUCAAGUGAGUGUCCUGGAAAGGGCUGGAGGUGCCGGUGCCCCGGGCACCCAGCCCAGCCCGGUCCUUCCGUGCCCGCAGGCAGCCGGCAGGUGAGGCUGGUGGGGAGCUCAGGGCGCUGUGCCGGGCGCGUGGAGGUCUAUUCCGGUGGCAGCUGGAGCAGCGUGUGCCAGGAAGGCUGGGAGCUGCAGGACGCUGCCGUUGUGUGCCGGGAGCUGGGCUGUGGCACGGCCCUGGAGGCGCCGAGCUGGGCGCGCUUCGGUGCCGGCACGGGGCCGCUGUGGCCGUACAUGGCCGAGUGCUCCGGGAGCGAGGAGUCUCUCUGGGAAUGCGGGCGCUCGGAACAGCGCGAGUGCGGGCGCGGCCUUGGGGCAGGGGCCGUGUGCUCAGGUCAGUGGCGGGCACGGCCAGAUCAGGGUCCGGCAGAGGCCCCGGCGGAGCAGAUCUCGGUGCGGCUGGCAGGCGGCCGUGGGCGCUGCCGUGGCUACCUGGAGGUGUCCUAUAACGGCACCUGGGGCCGCGUGUGCUCCAACGGCACCAGCACCGGCACCGCCGCCGCCGUGUGCCGCCAGCUGGGCUGUGGGCACCGGGGCUGGCUGUCGGCCGUCCCCGGCCAGCAGGCGUCCCGUGCCUGGCUGGCCUGGGUGGGCUGCGAGGACGGGGCCCGCUCACUCUGGGGGUGCCCCUCGGCACCCUGGCAGCUGCAGAGCUGCGGCGCUGGCGGGCACGCCCACGUGGAUUGUGAGGAGGACAGCGAUGGCAGCACCGAGACAGACACUACCCCAUAUCCGGAGGGUGCCAGCAGCACAGGUGUCCCCAGCAGCAGCACCCUGGCAGUGGGCGUGGGGUCGGUGCCUGUGCCAACUGUGCUGUGCGUGGUGCUGGGGACGCUGCUGUGCCUGGCCCUGGGUGCCCUGGCCGUGCUGCUGUGCCGUGCCCGUGCCUGGCGCCGAGGCCAUGGCAGAGCUGCAGAUGCCAUCUCCAAUGCUGUCUACGAGGAGCUGGACUACACGGCCAUGCCGGAGUACCAGGAGGUGCCCAGUGGCCCGGUUCCCUGUCACAGGGAUGGAUCAAGAAGCUGCCGUAUUCCAGCGGGGACAGUGUGGAGGGCAGUGACACCGAGGCAGCCCCAGAGCCCCCUGCCUGGCCCCAGCAAGGAAUCCCAGAUGGCUACGACGAUGUCCUGGAUGUGGCACAGGAUCCACCUGCUCCAGGCACUGGGGACAUGUCCAGGGGAGUGGCACAGCAGAGGUGGAUCUGUGUCCUCCCCACAGGUGGAAUCUCCUCCCCUCCAAGCGCCCCAGGAUAUACAAUGGACCUCUCAGAGCAACCCCAGGGGCACUUGGAGUCUGAUGAUGUCGGCAGCAGCUCCCUGGAGACGGUGCCAUGAGGAUUCCCUGGCCAUGCCCCAGCCAUGGGGACAUGUAUGUGGCAGUGUGCUGGGGCCCUGUUCCCUGGGGGAGGUGGCCAUGCCCACAGAGAUCACCCCUCCCUGUCCAGCACUGCCGAACAGCAGCCACUCUGUUGGGAUUUUCUUCGAUUUCAGCGUCAAUUUCCCAUUUUUCUUAUUAAAAGCCAUCUGGUUAGACGCACUCCUGGGCUGCGACCAGACUGUGGUGGUGGAAUCUCCAUCCUGGGUACAUCAGCCAUUGCUGUGGUUUGCAGGGCUGCAAGUGGAUCUAGAGAAACUGCCUGGGAUUGGUGGGAUUGGGGGGAAGAGCCCUGGGAAAUUGCAGGGAUUGCCCGCAGGACCUUUAUUUGGCACUGCCAAAUGCAUGCAACUCUUUCAAGCAACACCGGAGGGGAAAGGGAGAGGGCAGGGCCCAGACCCAGCCCCGCAGAGGCAGCAGGAUCUCCUCUCUGUGCCGCACGGGUGGGGCAGGCUCAGACCUGCAGGCAGCACUGACAGUUGGGCUGGGAAUGGCUCUGGUUCUUGAAGGGCUGUUC